AUCGAGCAUUCGAUUGUAAAAGUUAUCUAGUGAAAGUCACUAAUGCUCCUUAGAUCCUCUGAACAACGUGUCAGAUUGUGAAAGCGGUACCAGUGCAGUUCACAGUAAACCUUUUGACAUCUGUUACUUUAACGCAGAGUUUUUAAAAGUAAAUCUGUAUUAUUGCAUUAUGAGCGAGAUUGAGAAAUUGCGUCAAAGGAUUAAGGACUUGGAGCAACAGCUGUUAGAAUCGCAAUGUAAAAGUGCAGCUAGAGAAAAAAUUGCACAAAUGUCUAGUGAAGUGGUGGACUCGAAUCCUUACAGUCGUUUAAUGGCAUUGAAACGUAUGGGAAUUGUAAAUAAUUAUGAAAAAAUACGUGAAUUAUCAGUUGCAAUUGUUGGUGUUGGCGGUGUUGGUAGUGUGACUGCGGAAAUGCUUACAAGGUGCGGCAUUGGCAAGUUAAUACUCUUUGAUUAUGACAAAGUGGAGUUAGCAAAUAUGAACAGAUUGUUUUUCCAACCACAUCAAGCAGGACAGAGUAAAGUGGAAGCAGCAGCAAAAACAUUGCAAUCAAUUAAUCCAGAUGUGGAGAUUGAAACUCAUAAUUACAAUAUUACAACAGUUGAUAACUUUUACAAUUUUAUUGACACAAUAAGUACUUCAAGUCUUCUUGGUGGACCUGUCGAUCUUGUAUUAAGUUGUGUAGACAAUUUUGAAGCACGAAUGACAAUAAACACAGCAUGCAAUGAACUUAAUCUCAAAUGGUUUGAGAGUGGAGUAUCAGAGAAUGCAGUUUCUGGUCAUAUACAAUUUAUAAUUCCUGGUGAAUCAGCCUGUUUCGCUUGUGCACCACCUCUGGUAGUGGCAGCGAACAUAGAUGAAAAAACAUUAAAGCGCGAUGGCGUAUGUGCCGCUUCGUUACCGACAACAAUGGGAAUUGUUGCUGGCUUCCUAGUGCAAAAUACUUUAAAGUAUUUAUUAGGAUUUGGCACAACUUCCUAUUAUCUAGGAUACAAUGCGAUGCAGGAUUUCUUUCCCACCAUGAUAUUGAGGCCAAAUCCAAAUUGUGAUGACAGUUAUUGUCGUCAGAGGCAGGCAGAAUAUGCAGCAAAACCAAAAGUUGAACAAACCUUAUCUGUGGCAGAUGCUGACGAAGGAGCUAUUCAUGAAGAUAAUGAAUGGGGAAUUUCAUUGAUUGACGAGACAGAAUCAAUUAAUGAAGGGAAUGCAACGAGUGAGAUUAGUACUGGUAUAAAACUAGCUUACACAGUACCGCAAGUUGUUAAUACCGAGUCACAAGAACAAGUGACCAAAUCUGAUGGACCAAGCUUAGAAGAAUUAAUGGCUCAAAUGAAGCAGAUUUAAAUUUUAUCCACUUAAUUUUUCUAUGCAUUCAUGUGAAGCUUUUUAAUAUGUAUAUAAAAAGGAAUAUUAUACAAGUAUUAAACAUGGUAUGAAUCUAUUACUUGA